AUGGCACAGUUUAACGCAGAUACAUUUUUGGAGGAAGACCUUACACUCGUUCGCUUGCGUCAGCUGCGUAAAGAUGAUCUGAUAGCGGUUGGACGAAAAAUGUUGCUAGAUCUUUCGGGUUUGAAGACUAAGGCAGAGCUAUUUUCUGCUAUUGCGGCCCGUGCGGAAUUGAUGCCUGAAAGUGUGAGUGGUGAUUCUGAUGAUUGUGAUGACAGAACUAAACUUGACAGUGAUGGGGUACGGCUUGCACUGGCUCAGAUUGAACUAGAAGAAAGAAGAGAUAGGCUGAGAGCUGCUGAGCAUGAGAGGGAAAUGGAAAGGAAGCGACUGGAGUUUGAGAUGAUGCGUCAUAGUGAAAUGGUGUCUCAGAGUGGGCAGUUGGGUGAGAGAGAGAAAAGGUCGAUGGAAGCUGGGUUCUCUGCCAGGGUAAAGCUUAUUCCACAGUAUGAUGAGACUGAUUUAGACUCGUUCUUUCUUUUGUUUGAGAGGGUGGCUAGGAAAAUGGAAUGGCCUGAAAGUGACUGGGCUUUGCUCAUUCAGCAAGUCAUUUCAGGCAAGGCACAGUCUGUCGUGUCUGCAUUGAGCUAUGAUCAUGCUUUUGAUUAUUGGAAAAUGAAAGAUGCCAUCCUUCAGGCAUUUGAGCUAGUCCCAGAGGCAUACCGUCAGAUGUUUCGUGAUCUCAAGAGGGAUCCUGCAGAGACUUGUGUUGAGUUUGCACGUCGCAAAGAGGUUGCAUUUGAUAGAUGGAUCCGGUCUCUGAGAAUUGAGAUGACAUAUGAAUCACUGCGUGAGGUUGUUUUAAUUGAUGAGUUCACAAGAUGCAUGUCCCGUGAUGUUAAAACAUACAUGAAUGAUCAUGCUGUUGUUAGUGUCAGAAAUGCAGCAAUGUUGGCAGAUGGGUAUGAAUUGUCACAUAGAAGUAGCGCGUCGCAGCUUCAACCUCCUAGUCCGUUAGCGAGUGGUUUUGGUUGGAGUAGGUCCGAGACGUUACAUAAGGACGUGGAGAGGUCAAAGUCACCAAAGAGUAAGUUGAGUGGUGGUAGCCAGUCUAAUGGUGUUAGACCUGAGGGCAGGUUGUUUUGUGCAUACUGUAAGAAGGAUGGGCACCUUAUUUCUCACUGUCAGAAACUAAAGGACAAGAAUACUGGUCAGAAUAAAGUCCAGGCCAGCGGUUUUGUUCGGCCGGCUACGGUUUGUGUGGGAGACCCUGUGUGUGUUGAUGGGGUGAAGCACAAGUUUCAUGAUGGGGUGGAUGAAGGAUACAAGGAAUUUAUUUCUGAUGGCACGGUGAAGUUCACUGUUGAUGGUGAAGAAUUUCCUGUUGUGAUUUUGAGAGAUACUGGCUCUGUUCAGACGUUAUUAAUUGCUGAUGAGUCAUCCUUGGAAUCUUGUUUCACGGGCAUGAGAACUCUGAUCCAAGAUGUGAAUGAAGGUUUCAAAUCUGUUCCUCUGUAUGAUGUAGAACUUUGUAGUGGGCUGGUUUCUGGGAGAGUGACAGUUGGCAUUGUUUCUCGAUUGCCUAUGAAGGGAAUCACAAUGCUGCUUGGCAAUGAUUUGGCUGGAGGUAAGGUGCAGCCAUCUACUGUUUUGAGUGACGUGCGGUAG